AUGGCAGCGACAGCUGAAACGACCUGGCAUCCUGCCGAUGUGUUCUCCGGCGGCCCUAAAUCACACAAGGAAUCUGCCCUUGUCGUGUUAAACCAGCCAUUGGAGCUACAUGCCUCCGUGUAUACCAAAAUAUGGGGGAAUUCUGUGUACAGGGUCGCAGUUGAUGGGGGAGCGAACCGCAUUCACGACUUAAAUAUAUCUAGUAAGCUAGACUUUGCAGUGGAUCUGGUUAUUGGAGACCUUGACUCUCUACUCCCUGAUGUCCGAAAAUAUUGGGAGCAAAAAGGCGUGAGUAUUACACAUGAUCCAGAUCAAUAUACCACAGAUUUCACGAAAGCUGUCAAUCACAUCUGGUCCUCCGAAAGAGCUCAUCCGAAGGAUAUUACUGUUUUGGGAGGACUUGGCGGAAGAGUUGAUCAGGGAAUUUCUGUCCUACACCAUCUUUACAUGUUCCAAAAGGACUAUACACCUGGGAAAAUGUUUCUUCUCUCAAGCGAAGGCAUUACAUUUGUUUUGAAGUCUGGGAAACAUAAGAUCAAAGCUCGAGAAAACUUUGGAGACAUUUAUUUGGGAAAACAUGUUGGGAUCAUACCAUUGAAGGAGCCCUCUACUAUCACAACGAAGGGGCUUGAAUGGGAUGUGACGGAUUGGGAAACCGAUUUUGGGGGUCAAAUCAGCACAAGCAAUCAUGUGAAUGCGGAAUGGGUGACAAUUGAGACGACGAAGGAUGUGCUGUUUACCAUUGACUUCAACACUGCUUCUCAGGAGUCUGGCUGA